AUGGAGCAGCCUCGACGCUCGCGUGCGGCCGCGCGACUGAGCGUGACGGCUCCGGACGACGGGCCGAGCGUGGCCGUAGCCCAGGAGUGGUUCCGCGACGUGAUCCUGCCGCACCGUGUCCGAGAUAAGGAAGCCGGCGCUUUCCGCCUCGUGGACAUGGGCGAGGAUACGCCAGGCAGCGAGUUGUUCCCCGUAUUCGGUACGUGGCUCAGCGAUCUGUCAGCCUUCGGUAUCGGACUCGGACUAUACUUCCGCAUGCUGCUGCAGUUAAGUCUGUUGCUCUUCAUACUAGCGUGCGUAUCUACGCCCAGUAUCAUUUACUUCCUAUCAUCGAGCUAUUCCGGAACUUUAGGGUCCCGGAACCUCGACUUCCGAAUACUGGGGACUGCCGCCUGCACGCGGGAAAUGAAUGCAAUUGACACGAGUGCAAGCAACAACGAAAUUCGCAUUGUGACCAUCAACGACUGUCCGUUAAUCAUGACCCAACUCCACGUCGACAUGAUCGGCUUGGGUAUCUUGGCAGUCUAUUGUCUGGUAGUCGCAGUGAUGCAGACAAGAGACAAAGCGCACUUGGAUGCAUUGGAGCAGACCGCAUCCGACUAUUCCGUCGUGAUUAAAGAUCCCAACGCCAACGCGUGGGAUCCGGAUGAGUGGGAGCGAUUCUUCGCUCAGUUCGGGAGAGUCAAGUUCGUCACGGUAUGCGUGGAUAAUGACCGGUUGCUAUCAGUGUUGGCCAAGAAAAGAUACAUGGAAGAUAUGCUCAAGAUGGAGUGCGCAGAUCAGGAGACAGUGCGCUUAGCAUUAGAGAACGCUGCGGACCCGACACAAACAGCACCGGAGCAGUCAAUUCUUCGUCGAUUAAGGCAGAAAAUUAGAUUGGGUGGCUACGAUUUAACGUACUGGAACGCAGAGCUCGAUAUAUUACGUCGACGCAUUGCGGACAUCUUGCAGCAUGACAACUACCGUGUUUGGUCGGUAUUUAUCAUGUUCGAGACGGAAGAAGCGCAACGACGCUGUCUACGUGAGACGCGCAUCGGGUUGUGCUCUUCGAUACUGGAUUGGACCAGCACGGGCUUGUCGAAUCGACUUCGCUUUCGAGGCACCAAUAUUCUACACAUUGAACAGGCCACUGAGCCAUCGUCAGUACAGUGGAAGAGUGCAGGGGUAUUAUGGCGAAGGCGAGUGUUGCAACAGGCACUUACGAUGAGUAUUGUCGGUGGAAUGAUGACGGGUAUAUAUUUCCUCGCGUUGUGGCAAAAAAACGACUAUAUUGGAGGUGAAGCCGAGCCUGAUAGUAAGCGUCGUGGCAGAUUAUUCAUCCUCGCAUCCACACUGGCAGUGACCGACCUGUUCGGGUGUCGCUUUCUCAGUUACGUGGAUCGACUCGAGCAGCACCAGACGAAAGAACGUCAACAGCUGUCUACACUGAACAAACUACUGCUCUUUCGUGGCUUUAAUGGCGCCGUGGUGCUCUAUCUGUUGAUGGACUUCACGGAUAUUUUGUCACAGGAAAAUCUACUGCAGAUCCAGGCGCUGCUCAUCGCGAAUUUGAUCGCUGCACCUGUGCUGCAACUCACGAGUCCGUUCGAGAAGUUCAAUCGCUGGUAUUACGGCCCCAAAGCGAAGACUCAACGCAAACUCAACUCGUAUUACUCCGGCGCGUACUGGCAACUGGCGGAACGGUACACGCAAAUCACGAAAUCUGUGGGCAUUGCGCUGUUUUUCAAGUCGCUGCUACCGACUGGUCUGCUCAUUACGAGUGUAUCUCUACUCGUGAACUACUGGGUGGACAAAUACUGUCUCUUGCGCAAGUGGAAGACGCCUCCGAGAUACGACGGCUUGCUCGCUCGAGCGUCUCGGUAUCACUUGCUGCUGAUGGCGUUGGUGUCUCUCAUCAUGAUGGGGCGUUGGUAUAAUGGCUGGCCUUUCGAUCAUGCCACGCAGCGUGCGGUGGCUUCGGCACGGGAAGCAACCGUGUCGAGAUACGACUCGCUUGUCAAUACACUGCACAUCGUGCUCCCGUUUCUACGUGACCAGUACCCGACUACAGAGCAGCACCAUCUCAUGGAUAUUCUGUACUGGAUCAUCCUCUCUGUCACGAGUGCUGUCGUGGCGUUUGUGCUUCUCAAGUCGCUGUACCGCAGCUGCAUGCGGUACAUCGUGGGGAACCUCCCAACCGGCUUCCUCGGUGGUCGUGCCCAGCAAUGUGAUACUCCCGCUUCGGACGUGUCGACUUUGAAUGGCUACGUGCCGUCGUACGAGUCGUGGUACUCCGACUUCCCGUAUCUCUCUGUACCACUUGGCACGUUUGAGCCACGUUACGUGAGCUGGAGUGGCAACCACGAAGCUUAUUGUCUGGUGAAUGAUGUCGUGGACGACCCUCAGCUAGCGGAGAGUCUUGGCGACAAACCUCUGCAACAACUUUUCGGCGCUUGUAAACAGUACGACAUGCCUGGCAUGAAGAUGCGAGCUGCCGUGAUGUCUCUAGACUCUAUUAGCUUGGUCUAA